AUGAGGAACCAGACAAGGAAUGUGACCGAAUUCAUCCUAUUAGGAUUCAUUGGAACUAAAAGGGUUGAACUUGUACUCUUCACUUUAUUCUUCAUCAGCUAUGUUUUUGCUUUGGUAGGCAACUUUAUCAUUAUUGCCUUGGUGUGGUCUGAGAGGACUCUUCACAGCCCAAUGUACAUGUUUAUUGCUAACCUGUCAUUUUUAGAGACUCUGUACACCACCGCAGUUAUCCCCAAAAUGUUAGUCAACUUCAUGAGUCAGAGAAAAUCUAUCGCCUUCCAUAGUUGUAUUUUGCAGGUCUACAUCUAUUUCUCAGCAGGUUCCAGUGAGUUCUUCCUUCUGGCUGUCAUGUCAUUCGACCGCUAUCUUGCCAUUUGCAACCCACUGAGAUAUACAGCCAUCAUGACCUUGAGACUUUGCCUCCUCCUUAUUGCUGCCUCCUGGAUGUGGGGCUUCUUUGCAGUCCUACCACCUACAGUCCUGGUAAGCCAGCUGCCAUUUUGUGGACCCAAUUCUAUCAACCAUUUCUUUUGUGAUGUUGACCCAAUUCUCAAGCUGGCUUGCUCUGAUGUAAGGAAAAUUGAAAUGAUUAAUUUUGUCAAUUCAGCUUUGCUCCUCCUAGGCUCAUUACUGUUGACGAGUGUGUCCUAUAUAUCCAUUAUUGGAACAGUGCUUAGGAUCCCCUCAGCAAAAGGACGACAGAAAGCAUUCUCUACAUGUGCCUCUCACCUAAUUGUGGUGACACUGUUCUAUGGGAGUUCUAUUUUCAUUUAUGUUCAGCCACAAAAAAACCACUCAUUGGACCUCAACAAGGUAGCCAGCAUACUGAACACAGUGAUAACUCCAUUACUGAAUCCUUUCAUUUAUAGUCUGAGAAACAAGAAAUUUAAGCUUUCUUUUAGGAAAGCCAUUGGCAAAGCCUCACUCAGAAUCUGA